AUGCGCCGACGGCACGAUGCAGGACAUCUCACCAUGCGCUUCCUUCACUCCUUCGCCGUCGGCAGCUUGCUCUGCGCCUCCGCCGCCGCCCAAUUCCCGUCGACCUCGGUCAAUCUAACCACAAUCACUUCUCCCGUAGACGGCAACGUCACCGUCCGCUACAAGAUCCCCAAGGGCGCCUGCAAAACCGCCUAUGACAACCAGCAACAAUAUACAGGAUGGGUUAAUGUCCCGGGCCCGUUCCCGGCCAAUAUGUUUUUCUGGUUCGUCGGCGCGCGCGAACCGACCGACACCAUGACCAUUUGGUUGAACGGCGGGCCUGGCGUCAGUUCGUUGUUUGGCAUGUUCACCGAGGUUGGCCCUUGCGAGGUUAUUGAGAAAGGCCUGGACCAGUACGAGACUGUUGCCCGGGAAUGGGGCUGGGACCGCGCUUCCAAUAUGUUGUUCAUUGAUCAGCCUAACCAAGUCGGCUUCUCCUACGAUAUUGCAACCAAUGGCUCAAUAGACCUAUUUAAUGCCAAUCAGUCGACACCACCGCAACCGGUUCCCAACGGCCAGCCGCCCGCGACGUUCCUCAACGGCACCUUCAGCUCAUUGAACACCAACAACACGGCUAACACCACGGAGACGGCCGCGAUGGCAAUAUGGCACAUGCUGCAAGGGUUUCUGGGCGCCUUCCCCCAGUACAACCCCCCAAACAACAGCGCCCUUGGCAUCAACCUCUUUGCUGAGAGCUACGGUGGAAAGUAUGGGCCUGUCUUCUCUGAUGUGUGGGAGACGCAAAACGAGAAGCGCAUAAACGGAACCUUGUCAGCCAACAAGACGCUCGAAAUCCACCUUACUUCCCUGGGCAUUGUGAACGGCUGCAUCGAUGACCAGGUUCAGGCCGCAUACUACCCAGCUAUGGCCAUAAACAACACGUACGGUUUUAAAGCUAUGAACGACGUUCGCGCAAGCCUAGCCAACGGUAGCCUGUACACUACCGGCGGCUGCCUGGACCUUAUACGACAGUGCCGUACUGCUAACUCGGUUUAUGAUGCUAACAAUACCGGCACGGUAAGAGAGGUAAACAGCUUGUGCUCGCAGGCGUACAGCACUUGUAACGAAAAUGUUGUGACACCGUACGCAGAGUCGGGGAGGAGCUGGUACGACAUUGCGCGCAAGAACCCAGACUCGUUCCCGCCAAACACAUACCUCGAAUAUGUGAAUACCGCGGGCUUCCAGCAAGCCAUUGGCUCCGUCGUCAACUUCACCAUGACCAGCGAGGCGGUUCUAACGAACUUCCAAGCAACGGGUGACCACAUGAGAGGUCCUUUGAUCCCGAAGCUAGCCCGCCUCCUGGAGCGAGGCAUUCGUGUUGCUCUCAUAUACGGCGACCGCGACUAUAUCUGCAACUGGCUGGGUGGAGAGGCCGCUUCGCUCAAUCUAGCCUGGCAGGCCGGGUCCGUCUACGGACAGCGUUUCAGCUCCGCCGGUUACGCGCCCAUCAUUGUGAACGAUUCAUACAUUGGCGGCGCUGUCCGACAGUUUGGAAACCUAUCGUUUAGUCGCAUCUAUCAGGCCGGCCACUCCGUUCCGGCCUACCAGCCGGAAACCGCGUUCCAGGUCUUUGCGCGCGUCAUCCUUGGCACAUCCAUCUCGACGGGCGACCAGGUCAACUUGGCUGUUUACAACACGUCAGGGGACGCCCGCGCCACCCACACGGACAAGCUGCCCGACUCGCCGGAGCCGACGUGCUGGCUGCGCGCUAUGCAGACUUCCUGCAGUAAUGACCAGGUCAAGAUGCUCCAGCAGGGCAACGGUGUAGUCAUCAACGGCGUGCUAUACAGUGCGUCCAGCGACUGGCCUUUGGCUACACAAGCGCCGACUUCGACGCAACCUGCCGCAUCGUCCUCGACGACGGUACUCACGGGUGUGUUCACAGCCACAUCCACCCCCAAGAGCGGCGGUGCCGUCCACGGUUCCCGCGACUCGUUUGGCGCAUUAGUAACAUUCUUCGCUGUCGUCGUUUUGCUGGGCAUGGUAGAGUUCUAG